UUUAUUUGUUAUAUUUUAUUUAUUAUAUCGGCUGUAUGAGCCUCGAGCGCCCCCUGUAGAAACACAUUGUCCUCUAUUUGAUCCCUCCGCCCCCCAGUGCUGAUGGCAAGGCGUUUGACAAACAUUUGCGUACAUUUGUGUAAAUACAAAACGUCUGAUUUGUGAAAACCGAAAAGUAAUUCAGAUCAUUUACCUUAAUUAAACCACUUCAGGAAAAUGUGGCUCUCAUUUCUGUAGCGGUGAAAACCUCAUUAGACAGCUGUUGCAGUGACUAACCAGAGACGCCCCUCUAAACUUCAACAUCAUUGGAGAGGCUUGCUGUGCUGUCAAACUAGAGACAUUUUGCUGGAAAUUACAAAAUAAGACAUAUUUUGACAGGUCAUUGGUUUAAAGUUCAGAAAUGUUUUGCUUAUACGUAAGAAAAAAGACGACCAAAAGUCUCUCAUUUAAUUUGGAAUGACUAGUUUAACCCUGUAAUUGGUUAUUUAUUGCUGUCGAGCAGUAAGUUUAAUUGACAUUAUUUUCCCUGCUUCAGAUUUGCGUUGGUACACGAGAACACGAACACUAACGGGGAUACAUAAACUAUGGACACGUCUGAUGAAGGGAGGAUGUCUCGUUUGAAAGAAUUUUUGCUAACUUUCUUCAUGCCAGAAAAAUGUUAUGACCAGUUUUUCCUUUACUUCAACUUUAUGCACGUUCCCUGUCUGAAGAUUGUCUUAAGUAAAACUAUGGGAAUAUUGAUUUUGGUGGGAAUUGUUAUUGCUCCACUCCCUCAGAUCUGGAAAGUUCUUUGGUCUGGAAGUUCUAAUGGACUGUGUAUGACCUCCAAUUUUCUGGAGCUGUUGGCCAUCUCUACUCAUGCAGCUUUCUGCUACGCUCAAAAAUUUCCCAUUGGUGCCUGGGGGGAAAGUUUGUUUGCAUUGAUCCAGAUUGCUGUACUGGUUUUGCUUGUCCUGCACUAUCAAGGGAAAACCAUAAAAGGUGUAUGUUUUCUUGCUCUAUACUGUGGCUUUAUGUUCCUCCUUGCCUCACCUUUGACUCCUGUGUCGGUGGUUUGGACCCUGCAUGAGUGGAAUGUGCUGCUGGUUAUUGCUGGCAGGUUUUUCCAGGCAAGAAGUAACUUCAGAUGGGGACACACCGGACAGUUGUCUGCGCUCUCUGUUUUCCUGGUCUAUCUUGGCUCUCUGGGACGCAUUUUCAGUUCCCUGCAGGUGCACACACGUUUACUUCGCUAUCUAAAUGGGGACAUUGCAUAG